UAUAAAGAGAAAGAGCCCGAAACCAGAGGGCAAAGCAAACUCGAAGAGGAACCCAAAGCCAAGACAAGAGAUUGAAUCUGGUGCUCCGCCGGUGAGAUUAAGCAAUGGUUGAAUCAAAGAGGUCUAGUUUCUCUGUUACAUGCAGCCGCUUGAGCGAGUACAUUAAGAAAAACCGCAGCUUUGCUGAUCUUGGAGUUCUGGAAAUGGCUCCGGGGCCUCAAGAACCGACCAAAGCAGUACAUAGGCCGCCUACGACUCUGAAUUUGUUGCCGGGAAUUGAUGCGUCGGCCGAAGCCAAAACUGAAACCGAUACGGAGAACGUUGGUGGCGUUUCGGGCCUAAACGGGCCUUUGACUAUUUUCUACGGGGGAAAAGUGAUGGUUUUCGAUGAUUUUCCGGACGAUAAGGCGGCGGAUUUGAUGAAAUUGUAUGUUUGGAUUUCAAAACUAUAUAAAUUUCUAAUUUCUUAUGUUAUUAUUUUUGUAACAGAGAUAUCGAUGCCAAUGGCAAGGAGAGCUUCACUUCACAGAUUCCUUGAGAAAAGAAAAGACAGGAUUAAUUCCAGAGCGCCCUAUCAAUUGAACGACUCUUCUAAAAUUGGGUCUACUACUAAACCUCUAGAGGCGAAGUCAUGGCUUGGAUUGGGGCAGGAGAUCUCAAAUUAAGCUUAUUAAUUUUGAAUGAUAUGUAUACGUUUCGUUCUUGGAUAUCAAAGGAAUAGAAAAUUCUUUUUUUUAUUAUUAUUAAGAUAAGUGAUAAUUGUUUGGGAGAGAUGGGAGCUUAUCCCAUUUUUUGUGGGAAGUUGCACCGUUUCCCACUUGGCAGUGAACAUUUCAACCUUGGCCAUACUAAUUGAAUUGUAAUGUUUUUUUUGGUCAUGCAGUGUUCAUGUAUAAUGUAAUUUUCUAAUCUUAAACAUGUUUUAUAUGUUGUUGUGAA